CGAUCCGCGAAUAUCAGCGGGGAAACUUCUGACUUCAAAGGCCGUACAUAUACUGACCUGCUUUUGUAAAGUUAAGCAUUCCGACUUCACUUCAGGCAUUUGCACCGAUCUUUCGAAUACUACCUACUACUAUCACCCCGCACCAACUCCUAGUCAUUGCUGACGCACUUCAAUAACACCCUGACUCGUACAAUCAUCAUGGCUCAAGUCAACGGGAACGCCCCAAAGAUCACUCUAUACACCAACCACAAUUGCCCUUGGGCACACCGCUCGCAUAUCGUCCUUAAGGAGCUUGGAUUGUCGUUUGAUGAGGUUAUCAUCGAUUUGAACACGCCGAGGGAGCCAUGGUAUCUUGAGAUUAACCCGCGCGGUCUCGUCCCUACCAUAGAUUUCAACGGUGAAAUUAUUACCGAGUCCGGCAUCGUCUCGCAGUUCCUCGCUGAUGCCUAUCCCUCGCACCUCCUCCCCGCCUCUGGCUCCGCCGAUGCAGCGCUGACCCGUGCGCGCAUCGGCUUCUUCGUUGACACCUGGUUCUCGAAGGCAGGCAGUUUUUGGUUCCAGAUCCUACUCAAGGAGUCCGAUGAGGAUAAGGAGAAGCUAGCGAAAGAGCUCGUGGAUAUUGUGGGUAAGGAGAUUGAGCCGUUGUUGAAGAAUGCGAAACCAUUCUUUGGCGGGAGCGCGAAGCUUACGCUGGCCGAGGCUCUAAUAGCACCUUUCAUCCUACGUAUUUACGCGCUGGCGAAACAUGGCUUUAUCCCACAAUCGGUCGUUUCAGGCUUCGACGCACUUCCCAACUUCUCGAAGUGGGCUGCCGAGGUGGUCAAGCACGAAAGCGUCACGUACAUCUGGGACGAGGAGCGGACAAUCGCUGGGACCGCAAAGAAGAUCGAGAGCCUGAGGGCAAAGGCGACUGCAAAGUGAGCUCACCCUACGCGAUGGUAUAUAUGAGCAAUGGUGACGAUGGUGAGAUUAUGAAACGUUAUCCAUAGAGUGCCAGGGAGCCUACAUUUAUCUACAAUUUUUUCCAG